AUGGGGAAUCGCAUCACCACGGUCCUAUCCCAUAGAAAAAACAACACACCCUCUUCGGUGGCAUCAACUCUGUUGGACGAUAUUAUCAGUAGAGCCGAUGUGGACGAAGAUUAUGAAGUUUAUAAAUUCGCAAAUUAUCGAAAAGGGGGCUCUCUUAUCGAAGCUUUUAAUCGUGGAGGCAUCGGGGAAGUAGAAGUAAUUGCCCGAAAAGAGCUAAAAAACUAUAUGUACGAAAACGGCGAAGGAGCCUUAAUACCAGAAAUUGAAUAUUUACAAGCACGUCACCGACGUAAUAACGAGGUGGCCAUUUCAGUGGAAACCUUGAUGUACAAUGCUUCCAUUCUCGCUAACGUUAAGCCCGAAGAUCGACGUGUGUGUUGGAAACUUGAGCUGCGAGGAAUGCUCGGAGAGAGCUUACUGCACGUGCUUUUAUUAUGUAACACCCCACGUCACACAAACAUUGCACGCGCUCUACUGAACGUAUAUCCUCACUUGGCCUGGGAUAUUAUAGAAGGAGAAGAGUACUACGGUAUGUUUGUCUCAGAAAAUAUGUACAGGUACGCCCUAAGACAUCCGACUAAGCCAGCCAGAGAUAAUAUCCUCAACAAAUCUGGUCUUACUCCGUUAACGCUAGCUUGCAAACUUGGAAGAAACAAAAUAUUUCUGGAGAUGUUGGAGCUCAGUGCCUUGGAAUUCUGGAGAUACAGUAACAUCACGUGCUCAGGGUACCCGCUCAAUGCCUUAGAUAGUAUUCUACCUAGUGGAAAAACAAAUAGGAAUUCUGCCCUGAUAAUUAUUUUAAACGGAACGAAAAAUGAACAUUUGGACAUGUUGGACAGUCGUGCCAUCCAGCGGCUCUUAGAAGAGAAAUGGAAAACGUUUGCCAGGAAUCAUUUUCUGAAACGUUUGGCGCUUAUGUUCCUACACCUGAUAACCCUCAGUAUUGCUGUUUCACUCCGUCCAACACCAGAUGGCAGCCUACUGGGUCCCACUGAUGUAUGUGCAAUAUUUCGCUAUUGCGCUGAAUUAGGAACCUGUUUGGGAUGCGUAGCAUUCCUGGUAUUUCAACAAGGGGAAGAAGUAAUGUCGCAAGGAAUCCUGGGAUUUCUUAUUAAUCUUAUUAGUACUCCUACAAAGAUCAUCUUCCUUGUUGCCAACAUCUCUAUCCUGCUCUGUGUACCCUGUCGACUAACGGGGGACAGACAGACAGAGGAUAUUCUACUUUCCUUCGCCAUCCCUGGCUGUUGGUUAUUCUUAAUUUUCUUUGCAGGGGCCGUAAAGUUGACGGGUCCUUUUGUAACCAUGAUCUACAAUAUGCUAGUUGGAGACAUCGUCAGAUUUAGUAUAAUUUACUUUAUUUUCCUGUUGGGGUUUACACAAGCGUUUUAUUUCCUGUUUAAAAAUCACACGGGGAAAACUUCUCGAUUCCAGACCUUCUCAGGAACUUGGAUGACCCUCUUUCACAUGACUCUGGGGUUUUACGAGUGCCGAAGUUUCAGUGAAACGCUUUACUAUGUGUUAACAUGGUUUACUUUUGCUGUCUUCGUGGUCAUUAUGCCCAUCUUGAUGAUCAACAUUCUUAUUGCCAUGAUGGGAAACACAUAUUGCGAUGUCAUCACACAGUCGGAAAGAGAAUUCGUAAAGCAGUGGGCAAAGAUCGUUGUAGCCCUAGAGAAAGCUGUGAGUCAGAAAAAAGCCCAAGCAUACAUGCAAAGCUAUUCCAUUAAACUAGCAGCGCCCUCUAGUAGUGACGACCCUGAGGAAGAACAACGAGCGGUUAUGGUAAUUAAGAGUAAACUAAAGUCAAAGGCAAAGGAACGGAAAGACGCAUCAUUAAACUGGAAGAGACUUGGUAGAAGUGUAAUCCAGGAACUACGUCAGCGAGAUUGUACGGCGGAAGGAUACAUUCUUCCUCAUGUUCCAGUGUCUAUUCCCACCCGGUCUACAGGACUCGUAAAUGAUAGCUUCGAUAAUGAAGAUGUUGCUGCGAUAAAUGAUGAAAACACCUUAGAAGUAGUUCUGGACCAGCUCGCUUUUGUUCAUGAUUUAGAUUUUAAUAAAAGGUUUAAAACAAACUGUCUAAAAUCAACAGAAAACACGGGGAAUAGGACCUCUACUGGUGGAAAAUCAUUUGGAAAUUUGUUUCAACAGUUAUCUUGGCCACAAGAGGUAGAAGUUGGUCAUUCGGACACCCCUACCAGAAGUCGUGAAGAGUCUGCCAAUGGAGAGCCCUUCGUUUCUUUUUCAUCUUCAGGAACAUGUAGUAAGUCCCCUAGUAGUUACGGUCCAUCUACUGAAUUUUAUCAACGUCUUACAAGGAGUAAUGAAAGGCAUUUCGAAAAUAACAAGAAUUGUAGAAAAAUAUUAUGUUCUAAGAAUACUAAUUACGUAACACCAAGUUCUACCAGUGCACCUGAUAACGAUCAUUUCGGACAUUACCAAAAUCCGUACCAAGCGACUAACCCGCUUCUUUGUACUGACAAGCAACUUAUUCAGAGUAAACCGAUGCCACAAGUUGUGGCACAAGCCAACUCGGUCUUGGGUAAUGUCGAAACACUCCGUCGCAAGAGAAGCGUAAAAUUUAAAACGUUUUCCUAUCGAGGAAGAAUUGGAACAGAAAACAAAGUAGAUAACUGCAUUUGUUCUUGUAAGUUAACCUGUCAUAAAAGAGUCAAAUCAGCCAAUAAUCUAUCGUGUGACAAAAUGUCAAAACAUACAGAUUCGAGAAGAAUAAAGUCGUCUCUAGACUCGAGAAGUUUAUACAGGUUCAGAUAUCCGAACAGCAACCUGGAAAUCAUAACCGGAACAAAUGAAUAUCAUAGUGAUCGACCUCAAUCUCUACAUGGGCUAUGUCAUUGGAGCACAAAGAAUGUCGUACCUAUGACAUCCCUUUUAGCUUGGAACGAAUCAAUAAAAGAUUCGGAGUUGUAGUCCUCUUUUCUAUACUUUUAUAAAUAUCGUCUUAUCAUAAGUAAAUAUCACAUAAGAUAUUCAAGCUUUGCGAGUGUCAUAAAAUCAGAAAGUUUUAUUUUAGCAAUAUUUUUAUCGUUUAAGAAGCAUCUAUGCAAAAAUAUCUAAAUGUCACCGUUACCCUCCAAAUUUUUAGUACACAGUUACUGUUUGAGUAAAAUACAUGUUUUAAGUGCUUUCCAUAUUUUUAGUAUACAGUUACUCUUUGUGUAAAAAAACAUGAUGCAAGUGCUGUCCAAAUUUCCAGUAUAUAGUUAAAAAGACAUGUUUUAAGUGCUACUCUGUUUAAGUGCUUUCCAAAUUUUUAGUAUACAGUUACUCUUUGAGUAAAACACACGUUUUAGGUGCUAUCCAAAUUUCUGACAAAUUAAGACAUGUUUUAAGUGCUUUCCAUAUUUUUAGUAUACAGUUACUCUUUGUGUAAAAAAAACAUGAUGCAAGUGCUGUCCAAAUUUCCAGUAUAUAGUUAAAAAGACAUGUUUUAAGUGCUACUCUGAUUUCUAUUAUAUAUAGUUACUCUUUGAGUAAAACACACGUUUUAGGUGCUAUCCAAAUUUCUGACAAAUUAAGACAUGUUUUAAGUGCUUUCCAGAUUUUUAGUACACAGUUACUCUUUGAGUAUAAGACAUGUUUUAAGUGCUUUCCAAAUUUUUAGUACACAGUUACUCUUUGAGUAAAAGACAUGUUUUAAGUGCUUUCCAAAUUUUUAGUAUACAGUUAUUCUUUGUGUAAAAGAUAUGAUUUAUGUGCUUUCCAUAUUUUUAGUAUAGAGUUACUCUUUGUGUAAAAAAACAUGAUGCAAGUGCUGUCCAAAUUUCCAGUGUAUAGUUAAAAAGACACGUUUUAAGUGCUACUCUGAUUUCUAGUAUAUAUAGUUAUUCUUUGUGUAAAAGAUAUGAUUUAUGUGCUUUCCAAAUUUCUAGUACAUACUUAAAAGACACGUUUUAAGUGCUAUCCAAUUUUCUAGUAUAUAGUUAAAUGACAUGUUUUAAGUGCUUUCCAAAUUUUUAGUACACAGUUAAUCGUUGUGUAAAAAACAUGGUUUAAGUGUCAUCCAAAUUUCUAGUAUACAAUUACUGUUUCUGUACAAUACAUGUUUUUGUGUUAUAACGAUAGAGUCAACAGACCUAAACCUUCAACAGUUUUCAAUUAUAUAUUGGCAAGUACUUUGACGUUGUUCUUUCAAGCUUACAUACUCGACGAAAUUGGUUUGGUCUUUCAGAAACCAAACUAGAUUUAUAAAAAGAAAAUAAAUUACGUGUAUAUAUAUAUAUUUAACAUUUUUACGAAGGCUAUAACAUCUCCAAUUUCAGAACAAUGCAGAUUAAUACCACAAAAAAUAAGAAUAGUAAAUAUUUGUGGUCAUUGCACUGAAGCAGUCA